AUGCAUCAACUCUUCCCAAAUACUAAAUCCCCCUUCAUUGCCAAUGCGCCCAUGGAGGGCUAUGCAUAUAGCCGUCUAGCAAGCGCCGUUUCAUCUGCUGGGGGCUAUGGAUUCAUAGCCGGCGGCUUCGACUUCAGAACGGGGUCUCCACAGCUUGAAAGACUACAAACGGAGCUCAACACCACCCGAUCACUCCUUGGCAUCACAACCCCAGAUGAAAAACUCCCCAUAGGUGUGGGCUGUCUUAUGCUCCAGCCAGAAGGCCUAAUCGAAAAUGUACUUCCGAUUCUAUGCGCCGCGCGGACAACCGGUAUCUGGCUUUCGUUUCCGGCGAAUGCGUCGGAAUAUGUGCCUGUCAUCACGGCGGUUCAUCGGCUCAGAGAGAGGGAGAACUGGGAUGUGAAAGUGUUCGUGCAGGUCGGGACGGUACAGGCGGCGAGGGAGGCGAUCGACUAUGGGGCGGAUGUCCUCGUCGUUCAGGGGUCGGAUGCGGGUGGGCACCAGUGGGCGCAGGGGGCGAGUCUGCUUGCGCUCGUGCCGGAGGUGAAGGGGCUGCUUCGUGAAUUGGGUAAAGCGGAGGAGGUCCAUUUGUUGGCUGCGGGUGGUAUUGUAGAUGCGAGGGGGAUGGUUGCGGCUAUGGGGUUGGCUCCGGAUUCCACAAAAGACAAGCUUGUUUCCACGACUGACGGAGCCACAACGACAAUUAAAUCACGGAAGCACGAUGUCUUCAAUUCGACCGACUUCUGGCCUACGCAAUAUGACGGCAGGGCCAUCAUCGGUCGCAGCUACGAGGACUUUCGGCGCGGCGUUACAGAUGAAGAAAUCGUUAAACGACACAGGGACGCUAGAGAAAAGGGAGAAAAUGACAGAACCAUUAUAUGGGCGGGCACUGGAGUUGGGUCCAUUAAGGAGGUGACGACUGUUAAGCAGCUGCUGGAUGAUGCUCGAUCGGAAGUCCGAUCAAUAGUGGCACAGAUGAGUAAUGCUUUCAGUGAGACAAGUUGA